AAUACAAUUAAGUUCCUGAACAUGUAAGCACAGGAAUAUAUAUAUAUAUUUUCAAAGCUCGCAAGGCUUCGUGCAGAGCGCCAAGGAUCGAAUGCAAAUGUGUGCAAAUAUAUAUCGAUUGCUGUUGAAAAUUAGUCGUGCACAACAAUCGAUAUGUUUAAACGGCAGCCCUGGAAUGCGAGUAUUGCAGCCCUAUAACCUAAAAAUUAUUAAGCUAAAAAGUAAUACACGGUGCAUUUUUUUCAUAUUUCUAUUAAAACUGACCACUGCAAGUAUAUGAGGUUGCCCCGAUAGCACCAGCCUGUCGCUAUGAACACCCUAAUGCGCCGAGCACUGCUGCUCAUGCACUCGCGCACAUAUUGCAUAAAACAAUACGCUGUCGCCGGCACAGAAGCGGCUGCAAAAGGCAAACUAAACUAUGAAGAGUUUAUUGACAGCCGGCACCAGCAGGCGCAGCGCAGCAUUGUGGUGCAGGUUAGCUCAGAGAAGUCAUACCCAGAAUUGUAUAACUACUGCAGCAGAUUCGGACACAUUGUCACAGUGCAACACUACUGCGUGCAGCAUGAAGAUGUGCUGCACUAUAUGCUGUUGGAAUAUGCCAGUGCCGGCGAGGCAACCGCUGCCAUCAGCUCAAGUGCCUACAAUGCAGAGCUGAGCGGCAGCAGCAGUGGCAGUGGCUGUGGCGUGCCGGUGCGGUCACCGUUCCUUUGGUUUAGAGCAGCAACCGCUGGUGCGGGCCGGCGUGGCCAAGCCAAGCUAGCGUCCAAUCACAAGGCGCUGCCGCUGAGUACAAUCGACGGCACGCGACCGCCGACCCAUGAUUACUUGCAGGAGCUGCUGCGCGGCGCCGACAGCAUCGAACAACAACUGCAACUGUUGUACGAUCAGACGCGCUUAAAUGAUUUGGGCGUACGGAUGCGCUUUUUGGCCGCCCUACAAGUGCAAGAGUCCAUCUCGGGCAUGUUUCCGGAUGCGCUGGCCCAGCCAUUUGGUUCCUCGGUAAAUGGUUUUGGCAAAAUGGGUUGUGAUUUGGAUUUGAUUUUGCGCUUUGAUGGCAAAACAACAGCCAAUGGCCUGGAUAGCCAACGCGAGGCGUCGCGUCUUAUAUAUCACACCAAGGAGAACCUGAGCAAUGGACGCUCGCAGACGCAACGACAAAUGGAAUGCAUUGGCGAUGUGCUGCAUCUGUUCUUGCCCGGAGUCUGUCAUGUUCGGCGCAUUCUGCAGGCGCGUGUGCCCAUUAUCAAGUAUCAUCACGAGCAUCUAGACUUGGAGGUGGAUUUGUCCAUGAGCAACCUCACUGGCUUCUACAUGUCCGAGCUGCUGUACAUGUUUGGCGAGCUGGAUCCGCGCGUGCGUCCAUUGACCUUUAGCGUACGUCGCUGGGCGCAGUCGUGCGGCUUGACAAAUCCUUCGCCAGGACGCUGGAUCACCAACUUUUCGCUGACCUGCCUGGUCAUGUUUUUCAUGCAGCAGCUGCGGCAACCUAUUCUGCCAGCUAUCGGGGCAUUGGCGAAGGCGGCGUCCGCAACUGACAUCCGGGUCACCGAGGAUGGCAUCAAUUGCACCUUUGCACGGGACAUGGAGCGUGUGGGCUUUCAGAGCCGGAAUACGAGCAGCCUGAGCGAACUGCUGUUACAAUUCUUUGAGUUCUAUUCGCAGUUCGACUUUCACAAUCGUGCCAUAUCGCUAAAUGAGGGCCGCGCCCUGGCCAAGCCAGAUCACUCGGCCAUGUACAUUGUGAAUCCGCUGGAACAGCUGCUGAAUGUGAGCAAGAAUGUUAGCCUUGAGGAAUGCGAGCGUCUGCGGAUCGAGGUGCGCAAUGCUGCCUGGAUGCUUGAGUCUGAGGUGGAGAACACAACACUGACAGAGAGCGAGCGACACGAGCAAUCCUGGGGUCUACUCAAUCUCUUCAAAAAUCCCGAGAAGUCUGUCAUACGGCCCAACAUGUUCUUCAAGCCGCGCAUGGUCGAGGUCAGCGAUCUGUUUGACAAAUCCCAGACGGCAGCGAUGACACCUCCGGCCGUAAACUACAAAAACGUCACUGUGCGCCAGCAGGUGCAGAGCAUCAAGGCAGCCGCACGCAAUGAACUGAAGCAGAUGCGAGAGUCCAGUACAACGACGACGACGUCCGCAGCCAAAACCAAACGCAGCAGGUGAUAACCGGCGGCAUUUCACUAGACAAAUCCCGGAUUAGUGUAUAUAUCUUAAUAAUUAGAAUGUAACUCUACUCUGACUACAAAUUUAGCUAACUAAAUGUUGUUCAUAUUGUUAAGCGUUACGCCCCAAGUGCAGCGUACAAGGUACGAGCAUGUUGCAGCUGUGUCUAGGUAUGUGCAACAGUCCGCGGUGCAGCUCAAUGUGGCAGCUUUAGAGCUAGCCCUUUGUGUCGCCACCUACCAAUGUUAAGUAUUUUAGCUGUUUUUUUUAAUUAAUAAAAUUAAAAUCAAAAUUUUCCAAGCUGACACAUUUUAAUACUCGCUGCACAAAGUGAACAAGAGUAUAUUGUAGAAAGAGACUCGGAACUUAUACAAUCGCGAGUGUCUAUAUCUUUCACAGAUUUGUAGCUGGACUCAUAACAUAUUAAUACAUAUGCAUGGUAAGGGUAUUUUGUCAGUUGAAAAGUGAUGUCUAUAUUGAUUCGUUUUUUGAGUCAUAAGCUGUCUAAAUAAUAUAUUAAGAUGUACCAUCCAUAUAGAUUAGUCAGAAUUGUCUUCAGUAGCCAUUCGUCAAAAACAUCUGAAGUUUUCCAGCGCGGUAAAUUGCCACUUGCUGCUCUGGAAUCUUGACUUCGAGCUAGUAUCCCAGGCUAGUUAAUAUCGUAGCAAUUAGCUCCAUUAGCUUGGAGCUCUUCAAAAGUUGAGUUGAUUAUAUGCAACUCGAUAUUGUUCAAUUUCAAAGAUGAAUCCAAUUGAAGCAUUCAUCUGUUGGUGUUUUUAGCUGAAACAAAUUCUACAUAUAUUAAUAUACGAACUUGUUGCUGC